AUGAAUACUCUUUUAGCCACUCCGCAAAAACUUCCCGUCACCGUGCUUUCUGGAUUCUUAGGGGCUGGAAAGACCACCUUACUCAAUCAUAUCUUAAACAAUCGUGAAGGCCGAAAAAUUGCAGUGAUUGUGAAUGAUAUGUCGGAGGUCAAUAUUGAUGCCGCUUUAGUUCGAGAGGGCGGUGCUGAGCUUUCAAGAACGGAUGAAAAAGAAGACCUACUGGUUGAAGUACGUCGUUUAGCACAGGAUCAGCGCUUUGAUCAAUUGGGAUCUCUGAACCACUCCCUGUUGCAGAAACGUUUACCUUUGAAGAUGAAAAUGGGAUUUCUCUCAAUGAGUUUGCCCGCUUAG